ACCUAUUGCGAAUCAGUUGUUUGUCGGCAUCGUUUGCGAGCGGUUGUAUUGUGCAAAUUGUAACGGUACUAUUUUAUGGCGCGCAAUCGAAAACGUGUGUGUUAAUAACAAUUUGUGGCAAAAUAAUUAUAUAUUUAAGUAAUUACUAAAGCCGCUAAAGGCAACCGGUUGACUGUCACCACGGUGAAGUGUGAUUAUGUGACAUGGCAAUGUUUUAGAAAUACUAUAAUUUGAAGUGUUUAGCUGUGUUGGAAAUUCUUUUUAGCCAAAACAUGUGUUAAAGUGUUUAUAUAAUAUAUAAAAAAAUGUUGGAAAUGUAAAUCAAAUACCAUUGCGUGAAAAAUACUUCGUAACAACAACUACUUUUAAUAAUGAAUAUUCUCGUGGACUGCAUAAACCAACCAAAGCUUUCAUAAAAAUGCAUUAAAAGCAAUAAAACAAGGCUUUGUUAUAAAUACUGAGCGAGUAGUCGCUUUCAAUGAGAUUACUUGUAAAUAAACAUCCGCGAUAAGACCAAACAAAUGCCAUGCCGUCGAUACGCGCAACAUGCUUUACAAAGGUAUUGAGGCAGCCAGCAGGCAGCUUAUUAUUCGUUUUGAUAUUUAUGUGCCAUAAAACUGAUUUCAGUUUAAUUGAAACAGCUGCCGAUGUGAUAACCGAUCCUAAAUUCAGUUUUCCAAUUGUAAAUGUCACAGCCUCUGUUGGGCGUGAAGCCUUUCUGACAUGUGUUGUACAGGAUUUGGGAUCGUUUAAGGUGGCGUGGCUGCGUGUAGAUACACAAACAAUUUUGACCAUACAAAAUCAUGUGAUUACAAAAAAUCAACGCAUCGGCAUAACAAAUUCCGAACACAAAACGUGGACUAUGAAAAUCAAAGAUAUCAAGGAGAAUGAUAAAGGCUGGUAUAUGUGUCAAAUAAAUACGGACCCAAUGAAAAGUCAAAUGGGCUAUCUGGAUGUGGUAGUCCCGCCGGAUAUCCUCGAUUAUCCCACCAGCACGGAUAUGGUUGUGCGCGAGGAUAGUAAUGUGACGCUCAAAUGUGCGGCAACGGGCUCACCAGAGCCGACAAUUACAUGGCGACGUGAAAAUGGAGUACCCAUUGAAUUGGCCAACGGCUCUGAGGUGCUGAGCGUUGAGGGUGUUACUUUGGUUCUGCCACGAGUGAAGCGUCAACAUAUGGGCGCAUACUUAUGCAUAGCAUCGAAUGGUGUGCCGCCAUCGGUGAGCAAGCGCAUAACGUUGAUUGUGCAUUUUCCGCCAAUGAUAACAGUGCAAAAUCAACUGAUCGGUGCAGUAAAAAAAUGUGUCAAAUAUACGUCUGGCGUGACGGAGAUUGGCGAAUAUCGCAAUGCAAUGCAAUUGCAUAUCAGUGACUUGACGCAAGCAGAGUUCGGCGCUUACCGUUGUGUGGCGAAAAAUUCACUGGGCGAUACCGAUGGCACCAUAAAAUUAUAUCGAAUACCACCGACUGCUGUGAAUUAUGUGGAGAACUCGGAAGGACGUUACAAAGGCAGCAACAAAAAACGCAUCAAGAGCUCGGAACUUUAUCACCAGUCGAAGGCAUCCGAAGGCAUGGACAUGGAGAAUCCCGGCAAACGAAAAGAUAUGAUGCUUGGCAACGAAUUGGAGGAUGGUUACUACGACUCAGCUGCUGCGGCUGUAACGCAUUGUCAACAACAUAAAUUGACAGUGACAACAGUGGCGUUGUUCACCAUGUUGUUACUGUUCAGAAAAGUUGCGGUACUGAUUGACGUCUGACAGUUGCUGAGCGCAGAGCUGCUGAUACACUGAUGACAUUGUGGUUGCGGUGGCGUAUGAGUAACUGUUAAGGCUAAAAGGAUUUACUGUUGCCUGCUUAUGAUUUGUAUGUGCUUGUAUGUAAAUAUUGCUGCAAUAAAUUUGUGCAAAUGUAUGAGUUGCGAGUAUUAAGUCGUUACUAUGCUGCAAGUUAAAAUUAUGAAGAAAAAAUUGUAGAGCACAUAAGGAGCUUAGCAAUGAUAAGCAAAUGUAUAUAUAGUACAGAUAUUGCAAUUUUUAGUUCUAUUUGUAGUUUAUAGAAAGUGAAGCCAAUAAAAGUUAUAAAAAUAUAUAAGAAACGAAAUUUAAACAACCUCUAUUUGAAAUAAGGCAGAAAAGUAAUAUGAUAAAACAUUUUAAUUAGUUCAGUUUACAACUAAUUAAUUUUGAAUUUGAUUUUUCUUGUAAAUAAAUAUUGAAAUAUAAUAAGUGUAAAGAUAAUUAACUAUAUGUAAGGUGAACGUAUAAAAUAAUGCUUCCUCUCACAUAAAAUAUGAUAAAAUAUGAUUUCCGAUAUAUAUUUGUAUGAUAUAUACAUAUGUAUGUAUACUGGAAGUAGUGAAUUGAAUACAAAAUUAUUGUUUUUUUAUUAGUUAAAUAUUACCUUUAUAAUUUUUUAAUCAAAACUCUAAAAAUGUACUUAAAGUGCAAGUCCGAAGUUCCCAAAGCUGAUUUGCAAACACCCUUAAAUUUGCAGGUUUACGCUAAAAAAAUUCAAUUUGAAUCGUACCUAAACCAUGUCUACUUUCCUAUUUAAGAAUAAAAUGGAAUAUUUUGAACUACACAA